AUGCGUGGCAACUUUGUUGGUGUCGUCUCAGACUCGACACGAGUGCUUGGUGAUGGCGAUGUGACCCCGGCUGGUGGGCUUGGUGUGAUGGAAGGAAAGGCGUUGCUAAUGAAGUACUUGGGUGGUAUCGACGCCGUUCCAAUCUGCAUUGACUCGAAGACUUGUGACAUCCCCGUUUGUUACGACGACCAACAAUGCAUAGCACCAGUGACGUUGGCUGGGUUGCUCAACGCACUCAGGUUGGUUCACAAAAGACUGGAAGACAUCAAGAUGGUCUUCAUAGGUGCUGGGAGUGCAAAUGCGACGUGCCUGCGACUGAUAGUGAGUACAUGUGCUGACCCUAAGAAAAUCGUGAUAUUUGAUAUCAAUGGGUCUCUUCAUAGUGGGCGUGAGGAUAUCGAAAAGGAUUCGCGGUUCAACGGCAAUGGGUCGAUUGUAACAAAGCCUAUUGUCUUAUACUGUGGAAAUCCAGUGCUUGAGAUCUACCCAUACGAGGCAAAGGAGGCGGGCGCGUACAUCUUUGCAACAGGAAGAGGCGACUUCCCAAAUCAAUUCAACAACUCUGUUGGGUUACCGGGCAUUUUGAAGGGCACACUCAUUGUUAAAGCAAAGAAAAUCACAGACAACAUGACUAUCACAGCUUCAAAGGCACUUGCUGACUUUGCAGAGAAGAGGGGAAUCAUACCAGACAAUAUCAUCGGGACGAUGGACGAGCCGGGCAUUUCCACGAAAAGAAGCAGAGGUCGCUAUGCAAGCUAUCAAAGACGGAAGAAGGACAUCAAGGAGGCACGCGAAGGUGCCGACCUUCUCAUCGAAAAGAAAUUCAUCAAGGAGUUCCCACAGGGUCUUCUUGACGAGUCGAUCAACACGGCUAUCAAUGUAGCUACUAAAUAA